UCUCAGGUCACAGAGGUCCUCUCCUCGACUCGUACCCUCCGCCGCAGCCACCACCAGCGUACCAAUACCCAGAUUCAUCAAACCAGCCCAUACCCACGCCACCGACUGCACCGCCACAGCCCCCAGCACACGCCAAUCUGGACACGGAAAGAGGAGCAGUGGGAGGGCGCGAUCUGACAGGCCCAGCUGACUCUACAAUGUCCAGCUUCUCUCCUCAUCACACCUACGCCACUGCUUCCUAAAUGGAUUACAACCCGCAAUUAAAGCAGCAGUAGAACACAGUUUCGUGGGACUUGAUGACGCCAGACUCACUGAAGUCAAGAGGCAUGCGGAACAUGCACAAAAGACUCGGAACCAGAACAAGGCCAGAGAAGGUGAUAAGAAGGACAGACAGCGCCACCAAGCACAGCUCACAAUGAUGCAAGCUGUGUCAGACUCAUACCAAAGUCAGAGGGGCCGUGGCAGAGGACGAGGAGGUCGCGGACAUGGACGUGGACGCGGACGCUCAGAUUGGGGAACAUACUCCACUGGAUGUUUUAUCUGUGGAAAAGAGGGACUGGGCAAAGGACUGUCCGGAUAACCAAGACAACUACGGCAGAACAAACAAAACUAAGGCUUACUCCGAUUGAGAGGCGGAUGGAGGGACACGGGGAGAGGAGACGAGCUGUGAUCCUGCCUGCACAUCAUUUAAGGGAAGUGAAACACUCACGCACAUGCAAUGAAGAAUUGUUUGCUGCACUAACCACACCUGCUACACACACACACACACACACACACACACACACACACACACACACACACACAGAGAUAGUGGAGCAGGCAAUUGCUCACUUAGAACAGCGCAUGCGAAAAACACCUCUAGCAAGUACAUAUGUAAAAUACAAUACAGAACCUUUCCUUCGUAUGCCCGAAACAAUGUUGACUAUAAAUGGGAAUCAUAUGAAGUUUUUAGUGGAUUCAGGGGCAACUUAUUAAGUCAUUCAGGAAAAGCACCUGACAAAUGCGAAAAUGAGUGGAAAUUUCAUCCACUCACAAGGGGCUACGGGGGCUAUUGUUAAAGAAAAAUUCACUGUGCCACUGCAAUGUUCAAACACAACUGAUGGAGAUACAGUCUCAACAAAACAUGGGUUUUUACUUUCCCCACUCUGCCCCAUAAAUUUGUUUGCCAGAGAUCUCAUGCUAACGCUGAACAUUAGUUUGGAGUCCACUCCUGGCGGUCUGAAAGUGGUGCGCAGACACCAUGCACUCUCCAUGGUCCAAUACAGUGCAAAAACCCCUCUGUAUGUGUAUCAGUGGAGAAUACCACACCCCAUUGCCACAAACCUGGUCAGACAAGCCAGAGAGUUAGUGUCCCGUCAUGCUGACUUUAUGAGAGCUGAAAGCAUACAUUGUACAGCCUAUGUCUCCGAGGGUCCAGACCAUGAUUUUGAGAAACAUUUUUAUUGUGAUUUAAAUGAUGUUUUGUGUACCUCCACCCUGUUUUGGUCAGAAACACGGAGCGCAGUAUCUGUGUCGCUGACUGACAGGCAAAUGAAGGAAUUUCAUGUUAAGUCUUCCAGCCCUCACACCUCGCUCUCCAAAGCCACAACAGACGAAUGGAAAGAUCUGGGGCUGUUUGUUAAAAAUGCCUUAACAUAACAGAUUGGGGCCCCACUGCGGACCCAUUAGUUAUGUACUCUGCCUGUUUUAACAUCUAUAAGAAACCAUUUCAUUGCACAACCAAUGCCCUGCGCUCAGUCUAUUUGUUGAGCGUUCCCAGAUCUCACUGCUCUUAAUCAUUUGUGUUCUGUCCAACUGAUGUGUCCCCCCGCAUUGGCGUCACUACCUGACACCUUGUGGGCGCAAUGAAAGUACGAUGUGGGGUUAAUAAAAACUGUGAACCAGUGAAAAUAACACCUAAGUCCACUUACCACCCAUGCAAACAACAAUAUCCACUAAAAAAGGAAGCAAUUGAGGGCAUAACUCCUGUAUUCAACUCUCUUUUGCAGGCUGGUGUUAUCAUUCCUUGCCCUGACUCCCCCGUACGCACCCCUAUUUUCCCUGUGAAAAAGAUAAGGGACAGGGGUCAGCCUACGGAGUGGCGCUUUGUGCAAGAUCUGAAGGCUGUGAAUGACGCUGUGAUACCACAUGCACCUAUUGUGCCUAAUCCAUACAUCUUGUUAGCGCAAAUACCUCCAGGGGCAAAGUGGUUUUCUGUUGUGGAUUUGUCCAAUGUUUUUUUCAGUGUUCCUGUGCACCCUGACAGUCAGUUCUGGUUUGCAUUCAACUUUGAAGGGAAAGCCUACACGUUCACUCGUUUAUGUCAGGGUUAUUGUAAAUCACCGUCCCUCUACAACCAAGCUUUGAGUGCCAGCCUUGACCCCCUAGUGUUGACCCCAGGUACUGCUUUGUUGCAGUAUGUUGAUGAUUUGCUCAUUGCUGCCCCAACCCAAGAGCAGUGCGAAAGAGACACACUUAAACUGCUCAGUCACCUCGCCACAGAGGGCCACAAAGUCAGCCUGAGUAAACUGCAAUAUGUGAAACAGGCAGUUACAUUUCUGGGCCAUGACAUUUCAGGAAAAGGAAAAACACUGUCUCCAAAACGCAUUGAAGCGAUAAGAACUUUACCCAAACCUGUAACAAAGAAACAAGUUAUGUCAUUUCUGGGAACAUGCUCGUACUGCCGUACAUUCAUUCCUAACUUUGCUCUUCUCGAAGCUCCCUAAGGUGCAUUGUACCACGGAAAAAAUCUCUCCUCGAGCGAUCACGUGACCUGGACACCACAGGCAGAUCAGGCGUUUCUCACACUGAAAGAGGAGCUGCAGCGCGCACCCACAUUGGGUCUCCCCGAUCCCAUGAAACCGUUCACUCAGGCCGUGGAUGAGAGGGAAGGUUGCAUGACGUCAGUGUUAAUGCAGCCUCAUGGUGAUCGACUCCGACCAAUAGCUUACUUUUCUGCCAAAUUGGACCCGGUUGCAGCAGGUUUUCCACGCUGCCUGCGUGCCGUGGCAGCGUGUGAAAAGGCCUUAAUGGCCUCAAGAGAUAUUGUGGGCUAUUCUGACGUCACCUUACUCGUUCCUCACACGGUUUCACUCAUCCUACUCGAGCAGAAAACAUCUCACUUAUCCACUGCCCGCUGGUUAAGAUACCAUACUGUGUUAUUGGACAUGCCGAAUGUUACUGUUAAACGAUGCACAGUUCUGAAUCCAGCCACACUCCUUCCUCUCCCUCAUGAGGGGGAGGAACACGAUUGCCUGGCUGAAUUACAAAUACAAUGCACACCACAUGUUGAUUUAUCUGAUGUUCCUUUGCAGAAUGCUGACAUGGUUCUCUAUGUUGAUGGCUCUGCCUCCAGGAACCCUGUUUCUGGCAAUAACUGUGUUGGUUUUUCUGUUGUUUCAGACAGUGCCAUCCUGCGCUCAGGCCCUCUUCCUCGCCACCUCUCAGCCCAGGCAGCGGAGCUCAUAGCGCUCACUGAGGCCUGCAAAUUGGGAGAAGGGAAACAGCAGGGGACAGCAACACUCCCACGACCGGCAGCAUUCCCACUGCACUCUCUGCAGCCAGGGGACUACAUAGUGGUGAAAGAUUUCAGGAGAAAAAACUGGCAAGCCAGAAGGUGGCAGGGACCAUUUCAGUUGUUACUCACAACCCACACAGCAAUAAAGGUUGUUGAACGAGCCACUUGGAUCCACGCCAGCCAUUGCAGAAGGGUACCUGACCCUAGCACAACUACUCAGACACAACAGACCAACGACGAGGGUGUCACUGACAUUAGCCAGCACGACUAGCGGUGGCUGAUUAAGUGAGCGUCACAAGUGACGUACGCAGUUACACUGCCCUCAACCAACCCUACAAUAGAGACAACACAUUGCAGUACCUGACAACGACAACGACAACGACAACGCCAUGGACCGCACCAGACCAUGGCACCACUUCAGACAGCCAGGGCUGUGCGGCCUUAGAGGGACAUUUUGUUGCCUUGGGCUGAUUUCUGUGGUAAUUGUGGUAACUAUUUUGCUCACCAUUGAAACACACACACCUGAACGACACAACACAACCAUGCCAGCAAAUCACACAAAUCACACGCGAACAUGUAGGACAGCAGGACAGGUAAAAACAAUAUCAUACAAGGUCCCUAUGACUUUACAAAAACAGCAAUGGCUUUCAUUUUCUCUGAUAAUGAUGUAACUGUUUGAAUCUAAGUGAAUUUCAGUUACUGACACCACACAGUUGAAAAUAUAUUGUACAUAUUCUUUAUUGAUCCAUGGUAUGAUCAAAAGGGGGGAGUGUAAUGGAAAAUUUGAAUACACUAUAAUACACUAUAUGUAACCUCAUGCUUAUGAACUACUGUGCGUGCAAAAUGUCUAUCUGUUCCAAGGUUGCCCUCAGCACCUGGUAAUUCUCCCACACGAUAAAGACUAACAGUCAACCUGUGGUUACAAUGUCUCUCUGUUACUGUGGGAGGAGAGGAUGAACCCGGUGGAGACUGGCUCCAGGCAUCUCCUAUGUAUACAAGGUCAUGAUGUUUGUUAGCAUAUCUGGCUAUUAUCUACCUUGUACCUCCUGUUUUGCUUCUUCAAUAAAUGAGGGUGCAGCCCUGAGAAGGGAGACCUUUUCAUGCUGACAAGCUGAGAGGCUCGCUCUGCGCAGAGCUACACCCGGGUGAAAAAACA